AUGCCUCAUCCUGUUCAGCCCAAGGCUGCCCCCGAGUCUUCUGCCACCCCUACCGCCAUCACUAUCACUUCCCCCGACCCCAAGCCCAACCCAAUCUAUCUCCGCUCCUUUCUCCGCUACGCCAUCGGCGCAGCCGCCACAUCCACCAACGACUCCAUCAACCUUCGCAUCAUGAAGCUGGACCCUGUGCUCAUGAACUAUACCCUCAUCCCCAUGGCGCAAUCACGCCUCAGAAAGCCCGGUGAUAUCGAAGUCGUCGUCGCCACCCUUGAGGAAAUGGAGAAGAUGCCUGAGCGCUUUGGAAGUAAGAUUACCAAGGAAACUACUACCCGCACCGGUCCGAGUCUCGCGGAGUUUCCCGUCUUUGGAUACACGGUUCCUGAGUUUGGGGAGCUUAAGGAGCAGGGGUUGGAGGUGCUUGCGUGGAGAGUUUAUGGGAGUGGGGAUAAAGUGUUUAUGGAUACGGAUGGGUAUGGACUUCCGGCUGUGUCUGGGAUGAUUCAGGCUUGGUUUGAUCGUAUGUGA